ACUGGCAAAAACCGGCCGGCAAAGUAUAGAAUGUUCCCAAUACCGAUAAAAACCAGGUGGAAAUCUCUGGCACGUUCCUAAAACCGGAAUCGCACCAACACGUGAACGAGAUGGCCCAACUUAGUGCUUCGAUCGGCAGCUUUGUGAAAGGUCGACAAGUUGACAAAAUAUGCGUCAAACAAGAUAUUCCCUCCCAUGUUGCCCACACAAGGAGCCUGAGCCUCAUCAACUGCGCCCCCUGACGAUCUCCUCCUCGCCGCGUGUCGGCCGCUCGCUGGAGCACCAACGUUGAGGCCGGAACCCGCCGCCCAACCCUUUGCUUCAUUCGUCCUCCUCGAUCCCUCGUCUCAUCUAUCCCUCUUUCUCGGGCAGCACGCGCAAGACAUGGCGCUAGGAGUCGCCGGCACACAUCUUCGUGUCGUGCCCGGCCAGAUCCGCCCACCCCUUUACAGGAUCCGGCAGAUACAGAUCAGAUCGAGUCGCCCUCGUAGCUUCCCGCCUCUACCUUGCCCAUCGGUGCCAGAGCAAGCCGCCGCCAUGACCUCCCUUCAUGCGAGCACACAGGGACGAAGACGCCCGAAACCUCGGUCGCCAGCACACAUGGGGCCUGGCCUAGCAUCGACCCUUGCCCCAACUCAGCGCCCAUGUGGGCCUCGUCCCACCUUCGUCGGCCCACCUCGCGUCCUCACCAGCCCAUCACCCGCCGGCCAAGACGCCAGAUCCGGCCCAAACUCCAUGAUUGCUUCUUCUUGAUAGAGUUCUGAAAGCAUUUGGAGUGUGAGAAUUCAUUCGACUACGUUGGUUCUUCUACUUCACAUAUUCGUUCUUCUUCCAAGUGGGAUCACACGUUAGAUGUGCAUUUCACUGGAUACCACUACUAUCAUUACUAUGCUAUUUGUCUCGCUUCUAUAGUUAUGUCACACUCUCCAUCAGUUGUAUGUCAAGCCUCCCAACAUUGCCAGGAAAAGCCUCUAACCCCUCCACAUCCCAGCAAACCAUUGUUUGACUAUGUUACUACUUGGUCAGCCUUCUUAUACGAUUCCUAGUUGCAGGUGCAAGUUGUUUCCAUGUGACAACAUGGAUUUCU